AUGACCAAACAGCAACUUUCCUCUCUGUACUCCAAAGGGUAUUUGGUUGUGUUGAUAACUUUUAGACGCUUUCAUGUUGGAGUGUAUGUUUUUUUUUUUUUUUACUCUCUAAAUUUAAUUUUUUCUUCUUCCCCACCUCUUCUUUUUUCUUUUUUCUUCCCCACCUCUUCAUUCUCUUUUUCUUCCCCACCUCUUCAUUCUCUUUUUUUCCCCACCUCUUCUUUCUUUUUCUUUUCUUUCCCUCCUUUGCUCCCCCUCCCUCCUUUGCCCCCCUUUCUCCUCCUUUUGCCCCCCUUUCUCCUCCUUUUGCCCCCCCUUUUGCCCCCUUUCUUUUUUGCCCCCCUUUCCUCCUUUUGCCCCCCUUUUGCCCUCCUUUGCCCCCCUUUCUCCUCCUUUGCCCCCUUUCUCCCUUUUGCCCCCUUUCUCCCCUUUUUCCCCUUUCUCCUCCUUUCCUUAUUCCCUCCUCUUUUUUCUUUAUUAGGGUCCAUUUCUACUUACUACUCUUGCAAAACCUUAUCUUCUCUUGCCAUAACACUGUCCCCAUUACCUAAAACAACAUGUACUUCUAAUUACAUCAUCUCAGUGCUUUUACCCCCUGCAAGACCCCCUCCCCCACUGCAGCUCACCUCCCUCAACAUGCAUUAUUUCCAUAUUGUUGUCAUUUGA